GGCAGUUCCCCUGCGCGCUCUCCGUCCUGCAGGCUGUGCUCACACACACUCACACUCUUAAACCAAUAGGAUACUGGACACACACUCACUAUACUUACAAUCUUCAACUGCAGGCACAGACACACACUCUCAUUCAUACAACUACAGGCAUCCAGACACUUCCUGAGUUCACAUCAGAGGCAGGUGCAGACACUCUCACUUUACACACACUUAUUUCAGUACAAUGAGGACACUUGUGCUUUGCUUUUGUACCAGUCUGCUGCUCACAGCCACCUUGGUGCCGCGCACUAGCCGGGCAGCGGACCUUCCAAUCAACUCACACCAGAGAUGGGACGCCAGAGGACCCUACUCUUUGGGAUCUGACUCUGGUACCCCUGUCUCUUGCCCCAUGAAACUGAGACCCUCUGGCCAGUGUGGGAGCUCCGGGGCUGGGGCAGAGGAGGGGGAGGACUGCCCUUACCAGCUCACCUUGCCUCCCCUCACCAUCCAGCUGCCCAAGCAGUUCAGGCUGUUGGAGAAGACGAUGAAGGAGCUGCAGAGUCUGAAGGAGGUGGUCAAUAAGUUGAAGAGCGGGUGCCAGGAGUGCCGUGGGGCACGGGGCAAUGAGGCUUUUGUACAUCAGCAAGCUGACCAGGGACAGACGCAGAUCCCAGUUCAAAGGGACACCGAAGAUGUGAGACUCGACCUGACAGGGCAGGAUGUGCAAGCUGGGUCCAGCCAGGAGGAAAGGGGAGACGGGAUGGUGCCUAGAGUGGACAAUGCUGGACCAGGUUCUAUUUUUGGGAAAAUUACACCGAGCCCGAGCACUAUGCAGGAGAUGCAGGUGAAGCUGAAUAGGAUGUCGGCCAGCCUGCGCAACGCCAGGAGCCAGAUCUCUGCUCUGCAGGGUCGCCUGGAGGGGCUGAACCUGCUCAACAUAGACAAUCUGCAGGCUAUGGUGGACAGGAAGGUGGAGAACAUCACGGGAGUGGUCAACAAGCUGAGCUCCACAUGCACCACCGCGUGUCCAGUGCAGAAUUCCCCUCAGUUCAUCUUAGCCCCUCGGGACUGUUCAGACUACAAUGUGCUCGAGGUGAGGAAGAACGGCGUGUAUCGCGUGACCCCUGAUCCUCGCAACGGGACAUUUGAGGUCUUCUGCGACAUGGAGUCCUAUGGAGGUGGAUGGACCGUGAUACAGCAACGGCUCGAUGGCUCUGUCAGCUUCAACCGCACCUGGGCCGAGUAUAAGAAAGGUUUCGGGAACCUCAGAGGUGAGUUCUGGCUGGGCAAUGACCAUAUCCACUUGCUGACAAAGGCCAAAGACAUGAUCGUGCGUAUUGAGCUGGAGGACUUUGAGGGUGUGCGGGAGUAUGCCAAGUACGACCAGUUCUAUGUGGCCAAUGAAUUCCUUCGCUAUCGGCUGUCUGUCAGCGGAUACAGUGGGACAGCCGGGAAUGCCAUCAGCUUCAACAAGCACUUCAACCAUGACCAGAAGUUUUUCUCCACGCCCGACCGUGACAACGACAUGUACCCCUCUGGAAACUGCGGCGCCUAUUACAGCUCCGGCUGGUGGUUCGACGCCUGCAUGUCUGCCAACCUCAACGGGAAGUACUAUCACAAGAGGUACAAGGGAGUCCGAAAUGGGAUCUUCUGGGGAACAUGGCACAACAUGACGACAGAGUACUACCCCACCAACUACAGGCAGGCCUUCAAGACUGUCAAGAUGAUGAUACGGCCCAAGAACUACGCUCCUUAAGAGGGCAGGUACAGUGAAUUAUCAUGAGUGUAGUCAGUCAGACAAACACAAACAAAGACAGUCAGAAAAAUGGAAGAACAAGUAGCCUGAGAAGCUCAUACACAUGCGCAUAGUCAUGCAUUUGCACACAUUUACACAUGCAUACGUGUACAGCGAAAAAGAAGUCCUAUAGACAGUUUGAAUGCAGUAAUAACAAAAGUAAUUGUGAAAAAAAUUAACUGUGCUAUUACUUUUUUCCACUGGGGUGAGCCUGGCCUUCAAAAUGUUGGAUUAAAACGAUGAUAAUAAAGGACAAUGGACUAUGAACGAUGAUGGACUAAUAAAAAAACCACACAUGCAGUGUAAAGGCCAGCCUCCUACAGGGGCCAUAAUAUUAAACGGAGGGUUACCAUGAGAGAUUUUUUCGCUCUUUCUCUGACAUUUCUCCACUUCCUGUCCUGGUGCCUCCUGCUAUAAACCCAGCUGAGACGCACCACAGCACACAAUGGUAGUAAAAACUAAUGAGCUAUCACUCUCUCCACUCUGAAUGGUUUAAUAAUUAACAGCAGCCACUCAGGUGAGGUAUAUGAGAGCUAAGUUUUAAAGUGGGUCUGAAAUUCAUUGUCACAGACCUCACGCUGGGGUCAGAGUGUUUGAAAGAAAACCUACAGGAAGUGGUAUACAACACUUACAGGUUCUCUGUCGUUUAUUUAAUUACACUGGGACAUUUUACUAAUGUAUAACCAUCCUUUACAAUAAAAAACACCCCAGCAUAAAUAUGCAGCCUGAGAUAAAUUUAUAUCAGAUCACUCCCAAGUACAUUCUGCAUUAUUGAUGCUUUAGUAAAUUCUUCUUGACAGCAGCUGCAGAGCAGGACUGCUGCAAGAUAAAAAAAAAAAUGUUUUUCCACCCUUGGGUGCACUGAACUACUGCACAUCUCUUGAUGCCACACACCAGUUUUCAUAUGGAGAAAAAAAAAAGUAAAAAAAGUGUCCUCCCUGACUCACCACUUGUACGAUACUGCUGCCUGAUGUUAGAAAACUGUAUUGCAUCAUUUAAUCCAUUCUAUACACACUGUGAAUGGGAAGGAUGGGGAAAGAAAUGUUUCGCUUUAAGAACGUGUACAGUAUUUAUUUUAUUUUGUGAGGUAUGAUAGCUUUUAUAUAAUACAUAGGUCCUACAGUAUAAGUUUUGACGAUUGUUGAUAUUCGAGAAGCGAUAAAGACUGUGCAUUAUUGUGACCAUUCAUAGUAAUUUUGUGUGUAUUUGGAGCUUUGUGUGUACAAUAUUGACCUUUUCUAUCAUUCAUAUUCAACUGUCAUGGCAAAAGAUUAUGCACUUUUGAUAUCAAAAAAAUGAAUAAAGUUCUAACUACAUGGCUGUAUACAUCGCAGUGUCUGGUAGUUUUAAAUCACA